UGAGAUACUAAAAUCUAUAUAGUAUUGAUAUGGGUAUAUUUGAUUUAUGUGAGAGUAUGGAGAGGUCAGUGUGAGUGCGCGUAUGUAUGAAGGCUGGGUUUCUUGUGAGGGAUUGAACUUGAGGGACUUUGGUCUUUUUUUAACUAUGUAACUAUAUGUAACUACUGUAUGUUUGUGAUCUGAUCAUUCUAAUGCAGUUACAGUUUUUCCUCCUCUUUUAGACAUGGAGAACUGCAUAAGAUGUCAAGAAGAUGAGUGGUCUAAUGUGAAUAGAAAUAAAUGCAUUAAGAAAACCAUUGACUUUCUGUCUUACAAUGAACCUCUGGGUUUCAGUUUAGUAACUUUAGCAAUUCUUUUAUCUAUCGCAACAUCUCUAGUCCUUGGAAUCUUUAUCAAGAACAGACAAAGCCAGAUUGUGAAAGCCAAUAACCAGGAACUUAGUUACAGUCUUCUCCUGACACUUAUACUAUCAUUUCUCUGCACUUUACUCUUUAUAGGACGACCCAUGAAGGUGACCUGUUUGCUAAGACAAGUUACCUUUACAAUCAUCUUUACCAUUAGCAUCUCAUCUGUUUUAGGGAAAACUAUGACUGUACUUAUUGCCUUCCAUGCAAUAUCCCCUGGAAGUAUGUUGAAGAUCUGGGUUGGAAAAAGAGUUCCAAGAUGUCUUGUUAUUUUUUUCUCAUUGGGAGAGAUUAUCAUUUGCACUGUAUGGGUAUUACACUGCCCACCAUUCCCUGAUUAUGAUGCUAGAUCUCAAACAUCUGUGAUGACGUUGCGGUGUAAUGAAUGUUCUGCUGUGACAUUCUACAUUGCAGUAGGAUACAUUGGAAUGCUAGCCUCUGUAAGCUUCUUUACAGCUUAUCUUGCCCGCAGGUUACCUGAUAUAUACAAUGAAGCCUUACACAUCACCUUUAGCAUGUUGGUGUUCUGCUGUGUGUGGAUCACUUUUAUACCAACAUAUAUAAGCUCCAAAGGCAAAUACAUGGUGGCAGUAGAGAUAUUUGCUAUUCUUUCUUCCAGCUCUGGGUUAUUGGGAUGUAUAUUUCUACCCAAAUGUUACAUCAUCCUUUUAAAACCCAAAAGGAAUGGCAAGGGGAAAACAGCUUCUAAAAAAAAUAAACCAAUGUUGUUCACCUUUUGCUGAAAGCACUGUAAGCUGUAGCUUUAUAUUUUAUCAUUUCCCUUUCUGUUUAUAAAGUGGUAGCAUACUCAUCAAUAUUUCAAGCAACAUAUGUAUUGGCAUAUUUAAUGUUCAUUUUACACAUGAAUGAUUCUUCCUAUCCACUUUCUGUUCCCCAUCUCUUUAAGAUUGGUUGUAUUCUUGGGAACACUGUGCGCAAUAUAUGUGUUUAUAUGUAGUAAAGAAUAAAAUACU